AUACUAGUAUGAAUCAUACUAACAUAUUAUUAAAAAUUAAAAGAUAUAUAGUCUUGCCUUUCCAAACGGUUGCUCGUGGUAAAAAAAAGAGUGAAUAAUUGCUUCUCCUUUUUCAUUCCAUCUUCAUCAACAUCACUGAAGCUGUUUUCAAUUGUUGAAUCAUUAAGCAGAUUACUUAAAAAGUGAUUUGAAAAAGGGUUCUUUCUAUUCUACUUUUUCUACAUCGUAACUCAUCAUCAUUAUCAUGCCGCAAACAUCUUUAUACUAUUACUAUGCAGAACUGAAUUAGGGUUGAUUGACUGACAAAGUAGCUCAUAGUUUUGAUAUGGAACCUGUAAAAGCAUACAUCAGGUGUUUGAAUUCUGAUUCCAACAUGUUAUAACAAGAUGCUGAAGCUGUUUGAACUCUGAUUCUAACAUGGUAUAACAAUAUACUGAAGUCUUAUCAGGAAAGUUGUCAAGGUGGAAGUGUUUUAGUUUCCAUGUUUUCAAGGAUCUAGUUGAUUAAGUGAGUGUUUGAUUUUGUGGUGGCAUCGACGUAGUUGUGAGGUUUACACAGGGGACUGUCAACGGCAUUGGGACGCAAGAUUUACGAAUUGGGCGUUGAACCAAUUGGGCAUUGGAACUUGAAAGAUUUAUUUAGUGGUAAAAGUAAAUCAGAAAAAUGGGAUCUUUCGUAGGUCAUAUUUUGCCGGGAACCUUGUUUCUUCUAGUUGGUUUAUGGCAUAUAUGGUGUGCGGUAGUGAGAUAUGUAUCAAGUCCUAAGACAUUCCGAGUUCGUGUCUGGAAUCCUGUACCAGGAUUUGAUGGGAAGCUCAAGCACUUGGAACUCUAUGUUAUUUCAAUUGGUGCUUUCAUUGACUUGUGCGUUGAGCUUUUAGUUGCAACACAACUCAGGUUUUUUGUUGAUGGAGUCUUGAAUUCUACUUACUUGAAUAACUUUGAGCACUCAGGAAUGCUUCUCAUGUUUCUUAUCUUCGGUGUCGUUUCCCUGCUCUCAGAAAGCACAAGAUAUGUUCACUUGCCAGAAGGUGCACUUUGUUUAAUUGCUGCAACAGCAUUCACUGCAGAGUAUCUUCUGUUUUACUUUCACUCAACAACACACAAAGGCCUAGAAGGCUAUUAUCAUGUCCUCCUCGCCUUCAUAAUUGGUCUUUGUGUAUUAUCUUCAGUUGCCGGAGCACUUUUUCCAACCAGUUUCCCGGUCGAUUUAUGCAAGGGAAUUGCCAUAACAUUGCAAGGAAUCUGGUUCUAUCAGACCGCCUUUGUUCUCUUUGGCCCUAUGCUACCAGCUGGUUGUAGCAUGAAGGACAAUAUUGUCACAUGUCAUUCGCACGAGAGCGAGGUUCGUGGUGAGUUGUUUGCCAAUGUUCAGCUCUUUUUUGCCGUACUUGCUGUUCAUGUAGGAACUAUAGUAUCCUUUGGUUUUGCAGCUUCAAGAUAUGGAAAUUUAGAAGAACUUGCUCCUAAUUCAGGGUUUGAUUAGAAGAAAACUCAUGUAGAUUAUGUGAUAUUAUGGUUCCAGCUUUUAUGGUAAAUGUAAUGCUGGAGUAAACAGGUGAUGUUUUGGUGUGAUGAAAAGACUUUUAGAAGGUCAAGUGUAAAGUUAAUUUGUAAAUUAUUCAUUUAUUUGGCUACAAUUACAAUAUAAGUUUGAAUAAUAUGAGGGAGUAUCCAUGAUCAACA